AUGUUCAUGACGCCGCGCAUAGCCGCGCUGUUUGUCGUAUGGCUGCUCGGCCUCUUCGCCCUCCAACACUGGUUCCUCGGCAACCCCGUUGCACCCCUCCCCCUCUUCCGCCGGCCAGAGGUGCACGACACCAACGCCAUUGCCUACGCCAACACGGCUCCAACCGAACGCCCCGAAGACUGGCGGGACAGCGUGGACCCACUGCACCGCGCCUUCGAGCCGCUCCGCCAGCCCCCGUUCUUCCCCCGCCUCAAGCCCACACGCUUCCUGCCCCCAACAUGCCUCGAAAGCUGGUUUGCCGACGGCAAGCUCGAGUGCGACCAUGCCCUCCUUGGCGAUCAAGACACGCUCGACAUUGUCUGGCUGUGGGUCAACGGCUCCGAUCCCCGCUGGCAACAAGAGUUCGAGUACUGGCACAAGCACCACGGGAUCAACAGUGCCGUCCGGCACUUCCGGGAACAGAACGAGCUCGUCUACUCGAUGCGCAGCGUGCUCGCCGCGCUCAAAGGCGUCAUCCGCACUUGCCACCUCAUUCUCUGGGACACGGCGUUCACGCCCGACGACGUUCACCUGCUGCCGGCCGAGGCGCGCGACAGCCUCGGCGCAGACCUCGACGACGACGACGACGACGACACGCCCUCGCUGGGCGCGUACCUCUCCAAAGCGUGGCGCGUCGUGCAAACCCCUGCGUGGCUGCACUUUGGGCGCACGCGCUUCGAGUCGACCGAAGAAGACGGGGCGGGGGACGCGCCCAUCGAGCGCAGCCCGAGGCUGCGGUAUGCCGCGCACAGCGAGAUCUACCGCAUCCCAAACGUCGACGCGGACGGCGAACCCCUCGAGCCUGGCGAGACGGCGUGGCGCGAGCGCGAGUGGCGCAGCGUCGCGCUCCCGACGUACGACUCGAUGAGCAUUGAGAGCCGCAUUGCGUUCUUGCCGGACAUGGCGGACACGGCCGUCGCGUUCAACGACGACUACUUCCUCCUCCGCCCGCUCGCGGUCUCCGACUUCCACUCGCCGCUGUACGGCUCCAUCCUGCGCUUCAAGCAGGGCAAGGACCGCGUCCCAAACAUCCUCAAUCCCAACUACUUCGGCUUCGACGGCGAGUACGGCGGCCUCACGCACGCCAACCACCUCCUGAGCCAGCGCUACCCCGCCAUGGCGCGCCCACACCUCGAGCACGUGCCAAAGGUCAUCACACAGAGCCUGCAAGUCGAAACGACACUCAUGUUCGCGAACAUGAGCACUGUGAGUGCGUCCAAGCGCUUCCGUGAGCUGCGGAUCGGGCACGGCGACCUGCAAAGCCAGUGGCUGCAAGUGGCGCUGCGCGCCGAGCGCUGGCGCGAAGCGCUGCUGUGGACAUGGGCUGUGGCGAAGCUCGGCGGGCCAGACGGGCGGUGGGGCGCCGAUGCGCGCGCUGACAUCGCGCGCGUGCUGGGCACACACGCGGGCGCGGAGAGCGUAGAAGUGCUCCGUGGCCCGCGCGAGACGCUCAAGCACAUGCCCACAAACUUUGCGCAUGCGGGAUGGGAGCCGCCCAAGGGCACAGAGUACGCGUGGACGGCGUUGGACGGACACAUGCCGAGCUCGGAGAACCGGACGGCGGACGCGGCCGAGGCCGACCGCUGCACGCUUGAUCUCCAGGAGUGUUUUGGCACGUUCUGGACCGAGCAGGAGGACACGACGGCCGCACACAUGUUCAAGCACAUCGCGUUCCGCCGCCCCGCGUGCGGCGACUGCAUGCUCGUCGCGCUCGUGAGCGCGUGCGGCCCGCUGGGGCUGCGCGAGUUCUUCCCGUCCCCCGAGGCCGCGUACGUCGUCCCGGCGGCCGCGAGGGCGCCGGCAUACAUCGCCCCGCCGCAUCUCCCGCUCACCCCGACGUGGGAGGAGGCCGACUUCAGCCUCCCCAAGGCGGUGGGCAAGACCGCGAUGCCAGGCGACUCCGUCCCCCUCCGCCAGUGGUGCAUGCACCUCCUCAGCCGUUAUCUGUACACUUAUGGCAAGUCGGACGUCGUGUUCUCCCAGCUCCGCAACCCCGAGCAGUCGGCAGAGCAGCUCGCGUUCCUCGACCGCGCGACCCGGCCCAGCGUGCUCUGCCUCAACGACGACAUCGAGAGAAACUAUACCGAGGUGCGCGAGGUCGUGGGCAACUGGUUCGAGAAGCGGUGGCCGGAGAAGGCGGGGUGGGAGAGGUAG